GGUGACUCGUGAGUUUUGAUUGAGGAGAGUUGACUUUUCUCUCUGUAGGUAGACAAAACAUGGCCAUGUUGCAGCGGUGCAUUUUUAAGAGACUUCUCCAACAACGGUGUUUAGGGAAUCAAGAUGCCACUAAAAGUCUUCUGUCAGCUGGGUUCGCCUCUGCGCUGCUGGGGGGAUACAGAGCUGCUAGGAGCAAAUCAGGUGUUCCAGAUGUGAGGGAGCGGACUCUUAUAGCUGUGAAGCCAGAUGGAGUUCAGCGCCGUCUUGUUGGACAGAUAAUUCAGCGGUUUGAGCAGCGGGGCUUCAAGCUGGUUGGCCUGAAAAUGUUGCAGGUAUCUGAUGAUCUGCUGUCUCAGCACUACUGUGAACUGAGGACUAAGCCUUUCUACCCCAGGCUGCAGGAAUACAUGACCUCCGGACCUGUUGUUGUCAUGGUGUGGGAAGGGCACAAAGUAGUCCAGGCAUCGCGUACAAUGGUGGGUCAUACUAACCCAUUGGAGGCCCAGGCGGGCACUAUCAGAGGAGAUUUCAGCUUCCAUAUCAGCAGGAACGUGGUUCAUGCCAGUGAUUCUCUUGAGGGGGCACAGAGGGAGAUCCAGCUGUGGUUUCAGAAAAAGGAGCUUCUGAACUGGGAUUGCUUUGACCAGACCCUGACCUGUGAGGUGUAAAGACGCCGAGAGCCGGAUGAAAAUCAGUAAUGCUACGUCCUCUCCUGCUGCUCAGGUCUGUCGCCUGUGAUUGAAAAAACAUGAGGCAUAUUCAGUGUUACUACGAUUUAAUUUACCUCAGGAAGUGCACUUACAGUCACAAAAAAAUGUGUUGAAACAUGUGUGGCUGAGGUUUUUUACUUAUCAAGCUUUCAUUAAACAGUAAUCGUAGGGAGAGAUUUGUGUAUGUAAUCGUCAUUCUGUCUCUUGCAGCGGAUGGAAACUGUAUUUUAUCAAUAUGUGGGAAACAUUGAGGUGCAGUGUGGAGCCAUGCUCUUAACUUAAUUCAACUUGAAGUUUUUAGUGGCCAAAUAUGUGAUAUAUAACUGAAAAGUAGUGUGUGGCAGGUUUUACAUCAACAAUCAAUCUAAAGAAAUCAAAUGUAUGUAAAAGUCAGAUCUAAUUUGACAUGUUUUUCUUUCCAAACUGUAAGGAUUUAAGAUUUAUUUUCCUGUAGCUGCUGAAUACCUGAGGCAGACUAUUGCAUUAAGUUUUAAAUAACAGCCAGAGAAAAAAAACACCAUUUGAAAACAUUGAAGAAAAUAUUUGACAUAUUUUAACAAAGCCAUAAUGUUAUAAUAAAUAUUAAUAAGGAAGUAAGUAAUAAGUCAAAUGUAAUGUACUUUUUUUGUUGUUUAUUAAAUAUUUAGUAGUGUUGUUAGGGGAGUAUUAUCUCACCAAAAACGUUUUAGUUAAGUGAUUACUUGAAUUAUGUCCUCAAAUACUUAAUUUUGAUCGAGGGCAUUUGUGUAUCGGAAAUUGUGACGUAAUCCUCCUACCUCAAGGACAAAGAUAAAAUCAAAUAAUCUCUGUUUACAUUUGACCUCAGGUGAAUGUAAAAUGCGCUGGUUCUGUCAGUUUUUAUCUGUACUGAAGCAACAUGAUGAUUUACCUCCACCUGCUUUUUUAUAAACAAAUAAAUGCUUCUUACAGCU